CUGGCAACCAUACCUGGAACCAGCAUGGGCAUGACCAUGGGGAUAAUGAGCUUCAUAUGGUCACUGGUAGUCGCUCUGAUGACCGCCACAGUGAGCGCUGGUGACGAGGCCGCGCUGCUUGCUUUCAAAGCGCAGGUCAGUGAUGCCGGCUCGCUGGCCUCCUGGAACAGCAGCGCCGGCUUCUGCAGCUGGGAAGGGGUGAUGUGCAGCCGCUGGAGGCCCUCAAGGGUGGUGGAGCUGAGCUUGGAUGGCAGGGGGCUCGCCGGAGCACUCUCCCCAGCCCUCGGGAACCUCUCGUUCCUGCGGACGCUCAACCUGAGCUUCAACCGGCUCCACGGGGAGAUUCCAGCGAGCCUCGGCCGCCUCCGCCGUCUGCUGAAGCUUGACUUGAGCGACAACUCCUUCUCUGGAAAAAUCCCUGUAAACCUGAGCUCCUGCAUCAGCAUGACCAAGCUGAGACUGCGCAACAACCAACUUGGCGGGCGCAUCCCGGCUGAGCUCGGCGAGAAGCUCACAUCCCUGGCAGUGAUCUCGCUGAGAAACAACAGCUUCACAGGGCUCAUCCCGCCGUCACUUGGCAAUCUGUCCCAUCUACAAUACCUCGAUCUCACCACUAACCAGCUCGUGGGCUCAAUCCCAUCAAGCCUCGGAAGCAACCACAACAUGCAGCAAUUCGGCAUCUCUAGAAACAACAUCUCCGGUAUGCUUCCACCUUCCCUAUACAACUGGUCAUCGCUGGAAGUAUUUUCGGUAGCAUUGAAUAUGUUGUACGGAAGCAUUCCAGAUGAUAUCGGAAGCAAGUUCGCCAAGCUGGAACAUCUGGGCUUAGGUGGUAAUCACUUCACAGGAACCAUCCCUUCCUCAAUAUCCAACAUAUCUUCCCUCGUAUUCCUUAACCUCGUGCAGAAUGGAUUUAGUGGGUAUGUGCCUCCCACAUUGGGGAAGCUGGGAGCUCUCCAACAUCUAAACUUGGGUGCAAAUAACCUCGAAGCAAAUGACAACAAGGGGUGGGAAUUCAUCACUUCUUUAGCAAACUGCAGCCAACUGCAGCUAUUGGUACUCGCCAGCAAUUAUUUUGGCGGACAACUACCAGGUUCAAUUGUGAACCUCUCAACGACUCUUGAGGGGUUAUACUUGAUGCAUAAUAGGAUCUUUGGGAGUAUCCCUGUAGACAUUGGCAAUUUGGUUGGUCUGCAAAUACUUGUCAUAGCAAAUACUUCCAUAGACGGAGUGAUUCCAGAGAGCAUUGGCAAGCUAGGGAACUUGAUCGAGCUAGGCUUGUACAACAAUAGCCUCUCUGGCUUCAUACCACCAUCACUAGGAAACCUUUCACGUUUGAAUAGUUUUUUUGCAAGUAUUGGCAACUUAGAGGGGCCAAUUCCGACAAGCCUGGGGGAGUUGAAAAAUCUCUAUGCACUUGAUUUGUCAAUGAAUUACCAUCUAAACGGUUCAAUACCGAGAGAGAUUUUCAAAUUACACGAUCUUUCUUAUAUUUUGGACUUGUCUUACAAUUCCCUUUCUGGACCUCUUCCUAAUGAAGUUGGUAGUUUAUCAAAUCUCAACCAACUAGCUCUAUCAGGAAACCAGUUGUCCGGCAAGAUACCCGACAGUCUUCAGAAUUGCAUAGUAUUGGAACUGCUAUCAUUAGACAACAAUUCAUUUGAAGGAAGCAUACCUCAAUCACUGAAAAAUAUAAAGGGGCUCAGGGGAUUGAACCUGACCAUGAAUAAAUUAUCUGGUAAUAUUCCUGAUGCCCUUGGUAGCAUCGGAAAUCUGCAAGAGCUGUACCUAGCACACAACAACUUGUCAGGGUCAAUCCCAGAAAUUCUACGGAAUUUGAAAUCAUUGUUGAAACUGGAUGUAUCCUUCAACAAUUUGCAAGGUGAGGUACCAAAUGAAGGUGUUUUCAGAAACAUCACUUACUUAGAAGUUGCUGGGAAUAUCAAAUUGUGUGGUGGUACACCUCAACUUCAUUUGGCUCCAUGCUCCACCAGAAAGAACAAAAAAAAGAUGCCAAAGAAUCUUGUAAUUUAUGUAGUGGCAGCUGGAGCAAUCUUGUUCUCACUUUCGAUUGUUCUUCUUGUUUGGAUACUUUGCAAGAAGCUCAAACCAAGCAAAAAAACAUUAGCACAAAAUUCAGCUGAUGACCAUUACAAGAGAAUACCCUAUCAUGCAUUGUUGAGAGGAACUAACGAGUUUGCGGAAGCCAACUUGCUUGGCAGAGGAAGUUAUGGUGCGGUCUAUAAGUGUGUUUUGGACUUUGAAAAAAGAACAUUGGCGGUCAAGGUGUUCAAUCUUGGUGAAUCCAGGUAUUCCAAGAGUUUUGAGGCUGAGUGUGAGUCCAUGAGAAGAAUACGACACAGGUGCCUCAUUAAGAUCAUUACUUCUUGUUCGAGCCUCAACCACCAAGGUCAAGAGUUUAAGGCAUUGGUUUUUGAGUUUAUGCCCAAUGGUAACUUGGAUGGCUGGCUUCAUCCAAAACCUCAAGAGCCCAGUACAGACAACACUCUCAGCCUUGCCCAGAGGCUUGAUAUUGCUGUCAAUAUUGUAGACGCGGUAGAAUAUCUGCACAACUACUGUCAACCACUGGUGAUCCAUUGUGAUCUUAAGCCAAGCAACAUUCUUCUUGCUGAAGACAUGAGCGCACGAGUUGGAGACUUUGGCAUAUCAAGGAUCCUUAAAGAAAAUACAAGUGAGGGGAUGCAAACUUCAUACAGCUCAACUGGAAUCAGAGGUUCCAUAGGCUAUGUUGCACCAGAGUAUGGAGAAGGCUCUGCAGUCUCAACCGCUGGUGAUAUUUAUAGUCUUGGCAUAUUGCUGCUUGAGAUGUUUACGGGAAGGAGCCCAACAGAAGGCAUGUUCAGAGAUUCAUUGGAUCUGCAUAAGUUUGCUGAGGACGCUCUUCCAGAUAGAACCUUGGAGAUAGCUGACCCCACAAUGUGGUUGCACAGCGGACAACAGAAUAACAAUACAAGUAUUAGAAUCCAGGAGUUAUUGGUUUCGGUCUUGAGGCUUGGCAUAUCCUGCUCAAAGCAACAUCCUCGACACCGAGCACGGACGAAAGAUGCAACAGGGGAGAUGCACGCAAUCAGAGAUGCGUACCUCAAGUUCAUAGGGGAGCAUGAAGCAGAACGAGAAGCCUCGACUCGGGAAAUCAAGAAAGGUGUUGCAUAA